GGAAUAGUAGGUUGUGAAAGCCACGUUGGAUUACCAGUGCCCGCGAAGAUGGGCGAUGAAGCUGGUGGAGGGCUCGAGCUGCUGCGACGGGAGCUCCAAAUCAAGCGGGAGAGCUGUGAAAAACUCCAGAGGCAUCUUGAGAUGACAAGGAGAGAGAAGCAAGCCGUCACAGACUCUUGCCUCGCUGGCGUUGAGGCAGCCCAAGCUCAGAUGCUUCAGAUGCACAGCGAGCUGGAACUCUUGAAGCAAGCACCCGGCAAGGAUGAGCAGCCAGCAGGGUCGCAACAAGAUGAGGAGGUAGCUUGGCGACAAAUGAAGCUGCUGGAGUGUAGAGCGUUGAGGCAUGACCUCUCGAAAUGGCGCCAUCAAGUUGCGACGUUGGAAGCGAAGCGCCCAAAUGAUGAGGCUGAGGUCACUCGCCUCAAAGCUGAGGUGAUGCACGCCCAGGACGUGUUGGAGUCCACAAGGCAUGCAGUUAGGCACCUGGAGGUGGAACAGCACAUGGGGGAAUCGCUGGAUGAGGAAGAUGAGGGAGAUUUGCCCGCUCCAAGUACAGAGGUUUUGGUGGAAAGGCACGUCCGAGAGAGGGCUGAGGAGAAAGGAAGCCGCCUGGCAAAGAAGGCCAAGCGUUUGGCCCAGGUUCUCUUGGCACAAAGACUGUUGAUCCAGCGCUUGGAGAAGCAACUUCUCAUUGAGGAGUCGCAGUUGGAACAAAGGGAAUUGCGACUGGCUGGGGAGGAGAAGCUUCACCUUCAAUUGAAGGUGGCUUUGCGUCAACGCUCGGAUGAGAUUGUCG